AUGCACCAAACGCACUGUACUAACUACCGAGUACACAUAUCAAUCAGGUGCUACCUGGUUGUAAAGGAUGCGAUUGAUGGGGUCAUUGAUAACUUUGACAUUAUUUUCCAUUCAGUCUUUGCUAAAUAUUUGACAAAAUACUUUAAUUCUCGGUUGCAUGCUAUGCGGAUGGAGCUCUUCGGCUUUGCGGGCUGGAUAGCUUCUGCUCUCUUUUAUGCGCUCUUCUUGAUAUGGGCAUACGUUCCUGAUACGACGCUGAAGUCAGUUGGAUUCACCUACUUUCCGUCCAAGCAUUGGGCAGUGGCUGUGCCUGCAAUGAUAGUCGUUAGUUAUUUAUUUUCAAUUGUGAUUUACAAGGCUGUCAACUUAAUGUCCACGCCUGGGCUAGCGUCAUAUGCAACAAUCAUCGACACGCAUACAGUAAGACUACCGGAAGGCACCACAUGCUUCGAAGAUGAUACAAUGGCUACUCCUGGAAUUGGGGAUAUCUCUGUCUUUGAAGUCAACCGACACCUUUUUUCAGCCACGUCAGAUCUAGUACAGGAGAGUAGGCGAAAAAUUCAGAACUGA